CGCGGUUUUGUUUUGAAUAAAUAUUUGCGAUUUUUCUUCACGGUACGCGAAUCAGUUUCACUUGUUUAGUGCAUAUUUUUAUUAAAAUAGUGAAAAAGUAUACACAAAAUAUGGGAAAGUCCAAAGCACACCGCAUUAAAGGCCUUACAGGUCCAAAAAUGUCGCUCGGAGAUCAGAUGAACGAGGGCCGGGUCUCGAAGAAACCGAAGGCACCCAAGAUUCGACUGCGCGCCGAAGAAGAGGAUUUUGUCGAUUCGCGAGCCACGAAAAAGAUUCUCCAACAAGCCCGCAAACAGCAGGCGGAGCUUAACAUACUGGGCGAUUCGUUUGGACCAUCCCUGGCCGAGUCCGUCGCCGCUGCCAAUGCUUCCGGAAAGAGACGGCACCGGCUGGGUGAUGCGGCUUCAUCAGACGAAUCGGAUGAGGAAUACCGUGAGGAAGCCGACGUCGACGGACAGGACUUCUUCGACGAUAUCAAGAUGAAUGCGGAAGACGAGCGGGCGCUGGAGAUGUUUCAGAACAAGUAAGUGGUAAAUCAAGUAGAACUUGAGGGAUGGG